GUUGGUACAAGACGACGGGCAAGUACUACCACAAUGAGUAAAGGGAGCAGUAGUGACGAUGAGAAGUAUGAGCCAGCAAUCGCUCCACUGGCUCCAAAAGUCAUCUUACAAGAAGAAAGCCAGGUUGAGGUCUCGGCUAGUCCUGCGUUCCAAUGUCUGGAUGAGCUGUUCCAACAAGGUAAACUAACUGGAACUAAAGUUGCACAGCUCAAGGCAAAGUAUACAGAACUCCAUAGAACUCUUGCAAGAACAAGAGAUUCAGAAACAUCCCACCUACAAGAAGCCAAGAAAUGUACGUCGGUCCUUGAGAAGCAAAGAUCUGAGCUGGAGAAGGCAGACAACUUUCCUGAGAGCUCCAACACGGAAGUGACUAAGCUGCGCACUCAGUGGCUCAAACACACCAAUGAGAUUGACCAGUCAUCGGAAAGAACCUAUCAAAAUGAUUUCAACAUUGAAAGUCUACAGGAGGAGAAGCGGAUGCUCGAGCGAGAGUACAGCCGCCUCCCCAAGAAGGAAGAGAUCGACAAGCAGACAAAAGAACUGAAUAAACACAUCGAGGACCUACGCCUUGAGAUUGGCCAGAGGCAGCUAGAGGCCAAGAAUCUACGGGAGGAGCUGGCGACGAGACAGAGGCAGAUUGAGCUUGAGAGGAAGGAGGUGGAACAUGAAGUUGAGCACCAGGAGAAACUGAAGGAGGACCUCGUCCAGGUACACUCGCUGCCUGGGCAACUGCUGAAGGACAUGGACAAGAUGAAUAAGCAGAAAAAUGAGGUGGAUAAGAAACGUUCCGAGGUGGAUGAGACCUGCACAAACUACGGCUCUGAGCUGCAGCAGCUACUUGCACGCCAGCAGCAGCUAACAGACGACAAGUUCCAGCUAGAGCGAGAGAAGCAGAAGAGCCAAGGAGUCCUGGAGGAGACGCAGAUGAAGUUUGAUCAGAGGAUGAAGGACUUUGAGUAUGAGAAGGAGAAGGAGGCGGUGUAUCUUGGGGACAGAGCGACCCUUGACCUUGGAUUGCGACACAUUCAGAUGGAGAAGAAGAACCAACACGACAUCUACGCACGUAAGUUGCGAGAGAAAGAGCGUGAUUUGCGCAACUUAAAGAAGACAGAGCUUCAGCUGAAAGUGGCCAAUGAAGGCUUGGCCCACACUCAGUCCGUCUUUGACAAAGUCAAAUCACAAGCCGAUGGUGGACCAAAAGAUGACGGGUCGUUACUGGAGAAGCGGAAGGAGUUACAGAGAGAGGUUGAGCAGACCAAACGGAUGCUUGGUAAUCAGAAUUCCUUGACAGCCGUGGAGCAGGUCAAAGUUGAACAGAGCAUCGCAGAGGAAGAGCGUCUGCUGUACGAACAGAGCGACCUACGCAUAGAGGUCGUUGAGUUGACUCGUCUGGCCGCCAUCAAGGGAGAUGAGAGGGAGCAGAAAGCGAGAGAUUUCAUGCGAGCCGAACUGCGAUAUCACCGCGCCUUGGAUGACCUCAAGGCCAAGGAUCUGUCCAUUAUCGACAAUAAGAAGAAAUAUCAGGAGAUGAUGAUAAGGUUGCGUGAUUUUGCGAAGAUGUAUGACGUGAUAAAGAAUGAGCGUAACAAGUGUGUUAACUUGAUCCAGGCCAGCACCCAGAAGGCUGCUGAGAUGCGAGAGAAGAUUAAAAUCCUUCAAAACGAGAUCGAGAUCCUCCGUACAUCCUGCCAAACCAAAGAGAGACACUUGCAGAAAGCCCGUCUGAAGCAUGUGAAUGCCGUUGUCUUGCGUGACCAGCUCCGUAAUGAAUUGGCUAAACAACAACGCAUCGAGGAGGAGAUGAGAGAGAAGAGGGAACAGCAACGUCUGGACAUCGCUAAACUCAACCUCAUGAUCAAUCAGGCAGAGGAACAGAUGGUCAGACUCAGGAAACGAUACGAGACGGCCGUUCAACACCGCAAUGACAGGGGUGUUCAACUGAUUGAGAGGAAUGAGGAGGUCUGCAUCUUCUAUGAGAAGGUGAACAUCCAGGAGGACAUGAUCCGUAAAGGAGACGUGGAGCUACAGAUGAGAGAAGAAGAGAUUCGCUUUCUUAAGAUGCAGGUGACUGAAGAGAAGAGAGCCAUCAUGCUGGGGAGGGGAGCCUUGCCCAACAAGAGAGCCUUAGAACAGGAGUUGGUCACUUUGCAGAUACAGUUGUCUCAGUGUCAGGAUCGCAUGGGGGAACUAGAGAAAGAACUGGAGAAUCCGUACGACGAGAAGAGAGUUCGCUUCCUGGAAGGUAAAGACCUCAGCCCGGCCGACCUCAACAAGAAGAUUGAACAACUUGAGGUACGCCUAGCUGAGAAGGAAGAGGGUCUACUCGAGAAGGAUCUUGUCUACGAGCAAGUCCAAAGACUGGCUGAGAAUGUCAGGAAUAAAGUAGACAGUGGCAAACAAGAUACGCUACAGCUAGCCAAGAAGGUGAAUGAACUCCAGGCUAAGAUCAAAGACAUCACCCGUAAGAUGAUGGCAUCUGUCUCGGAGCUCUCCAUGACCCAAGCCGAAGCGGUCAAUCUUCAGCAACAGGUUCGCACCAAGGAGGGUGAGCUGGACCAGGCGUAUCUGCGUAUGGAGCAGGGUGAAGCGCCCUCACAGGAGGCUGCGCGGACGUGGGAGCGAAUGGUGCGGGAUGAGAAUAGAAGGAGAGAGGAUACAACCAUGAAACAAAUGGUUGAGGAAGAUGAGGAGCAGUAUCUGACGGCAGGAGGAACGACGACGACGGCCGAGCCCCGCCCCAAUGCCUACAUCCCAGAUGAUGACAGUGACCUCCCGGUACCUAGGCCCUAUGGUGUCCAUGCUCCGUUCAAACCACGGGAAGGUGGUGCCAAUAUGAGACAUAUCCGCAAGCCAAUCAUCAAACCAAUUGAGAUCUGAGACAUGUAAACACAGCUUGCUGGAUCAUGAAGCGAUACCAGCCAAGGGGGCGUGUUUUGGCAAUCCUGACCUAAAAUAAGUUUCUUUUUAAUAAGUAUUGGUUUUUACCCAUACACCGAUGUGUGUUAGCACUGUACUGUAUACUCAGUACUUUCCCGAGUCCUGUGAACAAAUAUCACAGGCAUAUUACUCGGGUAGGAUUCGAACCCACGACCCGUGCAAUUCUAGAGCGGUAUCUUACUAAUUAUAACACCCCUUACAAAUAUUCUGCCUUUUCAUUGGUUUAGAGCGCGUCACAUGACAUAUCUUAGUU